AUGCUAGGUCAGAUCCAUUGGUGUGGGUUGAUAUAUUGGAGACCUCUUUGGGAAGAUGUUUUGGCUGCUAAUGUAUUAUUCAUUCUGAUGUUCCCAGUGAUCAAAGUGAAUGCACUCAAGUGCCCAGAGGUUGAUCCUAUCCCAAUUCCACGUGAAUGGUACCAACCAGGUGACAUCCUCAUUGGAGGGAUGACUUCACAGAUCCUCUAUUCCUUCAGUGAGCAUUCGUUUCGUGAAAAUCCAUCUCAGGAGCUUUUUGACUUUUUAGAGGUCUUAACAAAAUUCUACCAACAUGUCCUUUCCUUGGCCUUUGCUGUGAAGGAGAUCAAUGAGAAUCCACAAAUCCUAUCUAAUGUCACCCUUGGUUUUCACAUCCAUGACAACUAUUACCACCCGAUGAUGACCUAUCGGACUACCUUGGACUUACUCUUCAAAUCCCAGCAAUUUGUUCCCAACUACAAGUGGGAUGCUUUGAAGAACUUUAUGGCCAUUAUCGGCGGACUCACCUCUGAAACAUCAUCCUAUAUGGCAGACAUUGUAGGUUUAUACAAGAUACCACAGCUGACUUAUGGUUCAUUUGCCCCUCGGAAUAGUGAUGAUAACAGUGAAAUGUCAUCUUCAUAUUCCAUUGUCCCCAAUGAAUCUUCUCAAUACAUUGGGAUUAUCCGACUGCUUCAACAUUUUGGAUGGACCUGGAUUGGGAUCCUUACUACUGAUAAUAUGAAUGGAGAACGUUUCUUGCAGACCAUUGAAACCUUCCUUUCCCAACAUGGAAUCUGCUCUGCUUCCAUCCAAAGAAUCCCGUAUUUAACCCAAUGGGAUAAAAUGUUCGAAAUGAUUGGAAGAGCAACAAUUAUUUAUAACGGCAUAACUGAUGAGAAAAUCAGUGCCUUUGUUGUGUGUGGAGACGCUUUGACAAUUGUAUGGGUGACAACUAUUAUAUUCAUGCUGCAUCCCGGAGUUGGGCAGAGUUCCUUGGGGAAAGUGUGGAUCAUGACUGCCCAGAUUGACUAUGUUUUAACAGGACUGCAAAGGAAGUGGGAUCGACAGUUCUUUGAUGGUGCCCUUUUUUUCACAAUUCCCUCAAAACAAAUUCCAGGGUUCAAGGAAUUCCUGAAGUUGAUAAAACCUCCUUGGAUUCAAGAAGAUGGAUUUUUUCCACUUUUCUGGGAACAGGCGUUUGAUUGUUCAUUCCCAUCUCCUCAUUCGACCCUAGUGGACAACAAUAUUUGUACCGGAGAGGAAAAGCUGGAGGACAUUCCUGGGUCUCUUUUUGAGGUUCAGUUGACUGGGCACAGUUAUAGUAUCUAUAAUGCUGUCUAUGUAUUGGCCCAAGCUUUGCAUGCUCUCCUCUUACUUAGAUCUAAUCACAGGCAUUUGAGGAGACAUACAUUAUUAGAAUAUGAAGAUACCCAGCCAUGGCAGCUUCACCAAUUUCUUAAAGGCAUGAAAUUCAACAAUUCUCUUGGAGACGUCAUGACAUUUUAUGAUCAAAAGAAGAUGGAAGGUGGAUUUGAUAUCAUCAACAUAGUCGCCUUUCCCAAUUCAAGUUUCCAGAGACGUAAGAUUGGAAAAGUGGAUCCUGAUGCUCUCAAAGGACAGGAAUUAGUCAUUAAUGAGGACAUGAUUGUUUGGCAUAGAACAUUUAAUCAGGUGCUUCCCAUCUCUGUGUGCAAUGAACAUUGUCAGCCUGGUUAUCAGAAAAGGAAGAAUGAAGGGAGAAAAUUCUGCUGUUAUGAUUGCAUUCCAUGCCCAGAUGGAAAAAUCUCAAAUACGAUUGACAUGAUAGCUUGCGUCCCAUGUCCAAAAGAUCAAUAUGCAAACCAAGAAAAAGAUGGAUGCCUCCUGAAAAGGAUGAACUUUCUGUCUUAUGAAGAACCUUUAGGGUAUAGUUUAGCUUGUCUUGCUGCUGUGUUCUCCCUCAUUACAACAUGGGUGCUGGGAAUUUUUUUUAAGCACAAAGACAGCCCUAUCGUGAAAGCCAACAACCGGGAUCUCACCUACACACUCCUCAUCUCCCUUCUCUUCUGCUUCCUCUGCUCUUUGCUCUUUCUUGGACAACCUGGGAGAGUCACCUGUCUCCUCAGAUACUCUGCAUUCGGCCUCAUUUUUUCAUUGUCCAUCUCCUGUGUUUUGGCCAAAACCAUCCUUGUUUCUCUCGCCUUCAAGGCCACCAAGCCAGGAUCUCGGAUGAGGACAUGGGUGGGGAAAAGAGUGGCCAUUUCUAUUGUUCUUCUCUGCUCUCUAUUUCAAGCAAGCAUCUGUAUUGUGUGGUUGUCAACUUCUCCCCCAUUCGCAGAGUUAGAUGUGCACUCAUUCACUGAUGAAAUGGUUGUACAGUGCAACGAAGGGUCAGUUUUUAUGUUUUAUUGUGUCCUGAGCUAUAUGGCCCUCCUUUCAUUUGCCAGCUUCAUUGUGGCUUUCCAGGCUCGUAAUCUGCCCGAUAGCUUUAAUGAAGCCAAGUUCAUCACCUUCAGCAUGUUGGCUUUCUGUAGUGUGUGGGUCUCUUUUGUCCCAACCUACCUGAGCACAAAAGGAAAAGCCAUGGUGGCUGUGGAGAUCUUCUCUAUCUUGUGCUCUAGUGUUGCACUCCUAGGAUGUAUCUUUUUCCCCAAGUGUUACAUCAUUGUGUUGAGGCCUGAUUUAAACAACAAGGAACAAUUAAUAAAGAGAGAUUCUUAA